AUGGCAACUGACGUGGCAUUCGAUACCUCGAUGGGGUCCUUCACCGUCGAGCUCUACAACACCCAUGCGCCCAAGACAUGCAAGAACUUCGUGACCCUCGCGCAAAGAGGCUACUACAAUAACGUCAUCUUCCACCGCAUCAUCCCGAACUUCAUGGUCCAGACCGGUGAUCCCACCGGUACCGGCCGUGGAGGAAGCUCGAUCUAUGGCGAAAAAUUCGAGGAUGAGAUCCACGAGAACCUCAAGCACACCGGGGCUGGCGUUUUGAGCAUGGCGAACAGCGGGCCCAAUACGAAUGGCAGCCAGUUCUUUGUUACUCUGGCGCCGACGCCGUGGCUGGAUGGGAAGCACACGAUCUUCGGCCGAGUCAAAAGCGGCAUGCGCAUUAUCCAGCGGAUGGGAUUGGUCAAGACCAACGGCGAGGACAAGCCCAUGGAUGAAGUGAAGAUCCUUCGGGCGCGCGUGGUGGAAGGAGCUGAGUGA